AUCGCUCAGUUCAGCUGUAAAAAAAAAAUGAGUCUUCUUCCAGACCUGAAUGCCAAUGAGGAUGAAACAUCCUACUAUGCAGACAAGACCUGGGUCCAGUGCGAGUCUCCCAGAUGCCUGAAGUGGAGACUGGUACCAAAGGGUGAUGAAGCGGUGGCUGAGCUGGACCAUGACAAGUCCUGGCGCUGUCAUAUGAACCCAGACCCUCUAUUCAGCCACUGCAACAUCCCUCAGGGCCCUUUCCCCAACAACUCCCAGUUCAAGGAACAUGGCCUGAAGGUGGUGUACUUCCUGCUUCCUGUCGGGAGCCUGGUGCUGGUGAAAGGAUGCAACUGGCCAUGGUGGCCAGCCAUUCUAAGUCCAGACCCCAACGUGGAGGAGUAUGUGAGGCUGGACAGCGAGGGUUAUGUGGAGCACUACCAUGUUGAGUUCCUGGGGAAACCUCACACCAGAUACUGGGCUGCUGCCAAGCAUGUCGAACUCUACCACACCUCCUCCACUAAACCCAAAUACAGGAACAUGCGAGGUGCUAUGAGGAAGUCGUAUGAGGUGGCGAUGGAGGAGGUGGCUAAGGUCAGGGAGAUGGGAUGUGAGGAGAGACUGCAGAUCAGCCACUUCCAGCCUCAGGAAUUGUUGUUUCAGGCUCAGAGGUUAAUGCAUGCCAUUGAGAGGAUGCUCAGACAAUGCUCCAACCAGCAGGACAACCAGGGCAAGGUAGAGACAUUUAGGUUCUAGUAACUUCUGUAUUUGACUCAUCUCCUGGGUAUCCAGUAUCCACUGCUAUUAGGAUGUUUCUGCAGACACAUUACAUACAUCAAUGAUUGACUAUUUUCAAUGAGAUAAAUGACGCCGCCAUGUUGUAUUUUGCUACAUGUUACGUGUGUAUCGAUGUUGUGACAGCGGGACCAGAUGAUUAGGAUGUGGGAUGCCAGCAUCGAGGAGGAUGGAGACACUCUGAUCAUAGAAGGUUUCAGGUUUGACAGCGCUACCUGUCUGGAAGACCUGAUGACUGCAGGAAACAAGAAAUAAGAGAUUUUUUAAACAAGAUAUUUUAACAAGAUUUUUUAACAAGAUAUUUCCAGAGAGUUUUUCUGAAACACAUGUUAAUUCUUUCCCCUUAAAGUGCUUUAUAUUUAUGAUAUUUAUUUGAAAUGUUAUAUUUUUCUAAAAUAUGUGUUACUGUGGUCAUUGUUGAAGGAAAUAUACAUUGUGGUGACUGGCAGUAUAAAGAAGCCUUCAACCUCAGUACAGUCUUUUCUGUUGGGCCCGUUUGUUAAAUCUCUCACUGUGUUCAUUUAUUCUCAAGUUGUCAUUUUAUGUUAUUGCUCUAUUGUU